AUGGCACCCAAGCGCCCCUCUUCCGUCCUGCCCUCCGCCAUGUCCUCGCCACUUUUUGAGCGGUUGAAGAACAUGCGCGUCGUUCUUGCCUCGGGCUCCCCGCGGCGGAAGGACAUCUUCGAGAACAUCGGCUUCAAGCCCGAGAUCAUUCCGUCAACGUUUGAGGAGGACUUGUCAAAGGCGGACUUCGAAGGCCAUCUGGCCGAUUACCCCAUUGCGACUGCCGGCGAGAAGGCGAUGGAGGUGUACGAGCGCUUGAUGCGGGAGAACGACGAGGACCCCGCGCAGAUCGUUAUAAGCGCGGAUACAGUAGUCAUCUUCCCGCCCGAGAAGGAGACAGUCGAGGGCGGCAGCGCUCAUGGCGAGAGGAGCGAGAUCCUCGAAAAGCCAGUGAACAGAGCCGAGCAGUUCCGCAUCCUCGACCUCAUGUCUGGGCGAAGCUGCGAGGUCGUCACAGGUGUGUGCAUUGUGUUCCCUACCCUCGAGGCCCCGGGGUUCAAGCUCAAGUCCAUCUCAUGCUCUACACUUGUCCACUUCUUCGAGAACACGAAAGAGGAGAUUCAGUCUUACGUCGAGCAUGGGGAAGGCCACGACCGCGCCGGCGGCUUUGCAAUCCAGGGACUCGGUGGCCUCCUCAUCGACAGGAUAGACGGUAGUUACGACAACUGCGUGGGCUUCCCGUCGAGCCAGUUCUGGAAGUGGAUGUCACGGCUGGAUGAGGAGGGAACAUUUAACGAUAUCUAG